AUGACAACUUGUCGUCCCCAACCCCUGUUCUACCAAUCGUCGAAAUGUGUGGCUCAGUACUUGGAAGCUAAUAUAAGAUUCCAACUAUCCCUACGAUGCCCUGGAUUCCGAGCAGUUCACCAGACCGCAACUCUAAAAAUUCAUGAUCUCAAAAUGCGUCCGAAUGACUUUGAGAUCAAUGGCACCGUCUAUAUUAUCGGUGUCAUCCAGAAAUACACUUACACACCAACUCCUGAAUUCGUCAAAGUCCGGAAUGCCAGCGGUGGUAUUCCACAUGACUUGGAUAGGUAUGGUAUUCGUGAAGAGUGGAUGUAUCGAGGCGCCGGAAAAGUUAAACAGUUGGAAGAGGAAUUGAAGUUGAUGGUGGGCGAUCGUGGUUUGGAUCUUGCGAUUGAAGAGAAACAGUGGGAGAUUUCGGCAUAUCGUCUGCGAAUAAGUAAUCUAGAACCGCCAUUCACUCAAUACCUUCAAUUGGCAAUUACAACUGGCACUGUGCAGAAAGUGGAACGUUUUCAGUAUGACAAGAGUCAAAAAAUCGCCAGGGACUACAUUCUCAGGAAGAUGUUUGGUGUAGCUGAAAGAAGAGUUCGAAUCAGAAACUUACAAAUUGGUCAAGACGAUUUUGACCCACACCUGAUGGUUCACCUUCAGCGUGUUGCAAAUGGCCUAUACCAAGAUAUCUCGCAGAAAGACGGACCGUACAACGCAUUCCAAAUGAAUCGUUGCGACGAUCAAAUGGAACCAUUGUUGCCAGUUCCAGAAGGGAAAUUGGAAAUUGGAGAGAUGCUAGUCACUGGAAAUUUGAAAAACGGGCUGGCUAGUAUCAAGACAAGUCUAUCCGAGACUAACGCGCCGUUUAAGAAGAUAACAUGCGUCUAUCAACCACUUCCGGAUGACCCAGUGGUUCAAAACGCUGAGUUUUUGUGUGUCGUUGGAUAUGGAACUCUGAAAGUGUUCAGUGGCAGGGAGAAUAAUAGAAUCCAUCUGGCGGAAUGUGAUGUCAUGCCAAGGGAUUUUACGGAUCUACUUAAUAUAUGCACAAAGGUUGGACAAUUCUACUCCAUCGGGUUCCAACAUCAAACAACUGUUGAGGAAUUCUUCGAGAUGUUCCGAAACCUUCCAGGGGCGGAUACAGGAGAAAGCGAUAAGUCAAGAUUGUCCCAGAUCCCAGAGUGUAUCAUUAUCCCGAUGGCAGAUGAGAUCGAGAUAAAUGUGUACUGUGACACUAGAUUCAUAGUGAACAUCCAAGUACAAAGCAGAGGGCACGCACAAGUCAAACAAUUGUUCUAA